GAAAGUAAAGUUGUUCUUUUGGAAAGGAUCCAUUUUGAGACGACAGAGUAGAAAACACUACAUGGAGAGAACUGACAAAUAAAGGGUCAGUGCUCUAAAAUGAGUCUCUCUGGGGAGAGAGAGGAGGGGGGCCCUGCCUCUAAAAUGAGUCUCUCUGGGGAGAGAGAGGAGGGGGGCCCUGCCUCUAAAAUGAGUCUCUCUGGGGAGAGAGAGGAGGGGGGCCCUGCCUCUAAAAUGAGUCUCUCUGGGAAGAGAGAGGAGGGGGGCCCUGCCUCUAAAAUGAGUCUCUCUGGGGGACAUGACACCAAAGCUAAGAGCCCAAUCAAGCAGGAGAGACCAGCCUCCCCUGUACCCAGCUGUGUGUCCAUGAAGAGUGACCGGUCUAUGGGUACACCUAUAUUCUUUAGAGAGGGAGACUUUUCUACUGAACAAAGAAUCUCCAAGCAAACUCAGUCUUUCCAGAGAUCAGUCUCUCCAGUACCCAGUCAUCUGUCCAUGAGGAGUGACUUCUCUAUGCAUCAGCCUAUACAUUUUAGUGAUGGAUCAGGGACCUUUGACCCCAGAGGCUUCUACCACACUCAGACAGCACAGUAUACUGUUCCCAUCUGUCUGUCUAUGAACAGUGACUUCUCCAUGGAUCGUCCUGUUAAUUCCAGUGGUGCUGGAUCAGUUACCUUUGACCGAAGUGGAUGGUCUACUCUGCCAGAGGAUCAGUCCAGGUGUGCAGUGUGUCAGCAGGUUCUGAGGGAUCCAGUCUCUAUCACCUGUGGACACAGGUUCUGCAGACAGUGCAUCACCAGAUACUGGGAGAAACCUGCUCCUUCAGGAGACUAUGACUGUCCUCAGUGUAGAAAGAGAUCCAGGACACGUCCUCUACUACAGCACCUGAGUGAACCCAAUGAUGCAAGAGGCUCUGUAAACCAUAAAGACAGCCUGCAGAGAGCUGUAGUAAACCAUAAAGACAGCCUGAGAAGGAGGUAUGAAUGUGUGAUAGAAGGCAUCGAAACAGCAGGGAACCAAACUCCCCUCAACAGGAUUUACACAGAGCUCUACAUCACAGAAGGAGAGAGUGAAGGUGUUAACAAUGAACAUGAGGUGUGGCAGCUAGAGACAGCAUCCAGGACACCAACCUCACAUGACACGGCAAUCCACUGCAAUGACAUCUUUAAACCCUUACCUGGCCAAGAGAGAAGCAUCAGAACUGUGCUGACGAAGGGCAUCGCUGGCAUCGGAAAAACUGUCUCUGUGCAGAAGUUCAUCCUAGACUGGGCUGAAGGGAAGGCAAACCAAGAUGUGGACAUCAUAUUUGUGCUUCCUUUCCGGGAGCUGAACUUGAUCAAAGAUCUCCAGUACAGUCUUCUCAGACUUUUAAAUGACUUCCACACAGAACUAGACAUAGGCAAUGCAAAUAAACUCUCUGCCUGUAAAGCCAUGUUCAUCUUUGAUGGUUUGGAUGAAAGCAGACUUCCAUUGGAUUUCCAGCACAAUGAAAAGGUGUCUGAUGUCACCCAGACAUCAUCUGUUGAUGUUCUGCUGACCAACCUCAUCAAGGGGAAUCUGCUUCCCUCUGCUCUCCUAUGGAUAACCUCCCGACCAGCAGCAACCAAUCAGAUCCCCCCUAAGUGUUGUGUUGACCAGGUGACAGAGGUACGAGGGUUCAGUAACCCACAGAAGGAGGAGUACUUCAGGAAGAGAUUCAGUGAUGAGGACCUGGCCAGCAGAAUCAUCUCACACAUAAAGAAAUCAAGGAGCCUCCACAUCAUGUGCCACAUGCCAGUCUUCUGUUGGAUUUCUGCAAUAGUCCUUGAACACAUGUUGAGUACAGACAAGAGGAGAGAGAUGCCCACGACUCUGACUGAGAUGGCCAUACACUUCCUGCUCAUUCAGACCAGCCUGAAGAACCAGAAGUAUCAUGGAAGAGAUGAGAUGGAUCAAGAGGAGCUCAUGGAGUCAGAUAAGGAAGUUCUUCUGAAGCUGGGGAAGCUGGCGUUUGAAAAUCUGGAGAAGGGUAAUCUCAUGUUCUAUGAAGAAGACCUGAAAGAGUGUGGCCUUGAUGUCAAUGAAGCCUCAGUGUACUCAGGAGUGUGCACACAAAUCUUUAAAGAAGAGUCUGUGUUAUUUCAAGUGGUGUACUGCUUUGUUCAUCUGAGCAUUCAGGAGUUUCUCUCGGCUGUCUACAUGUACCAUUGUUACACAACCAAGAACAUGGAUGCACUGAAGCCCUUCCUCAAGAGAAAGUCUAGAGCCGCGUCUGAAGAGCUAACCUUGCAUGAGCUGCUGAAGAGUACAGUGGAUAAAGCCUUGGAGAGUAAGAAUGGACACCUGGACCUUUUUGUCCGCUUCCUUCAUGGCAUGUCACUGGAGUCCAAUCAGAAACUCCUACGAGGUCUGGUGACACAGACAGAAAGCAGUCCAGAGAGCGUCCAGAAAACGAUCCGAUCCCUUAAGGUGAUGCAGAGGAAGAACAUCUCCCCUGAGAGGUGCAUCAAUCUCUUCCACUGUCUGAUAGAGAUGAAAGACCAUUCAGUACAGGAGGAAAUCCAAGCGUACUUGAGGUCAGAGAACAGAUCCAAAAACCUCUCCCUUGCUCAGUGUUCAGCGCUGGCCUACAUGCUGCAGAUAUCAGAGGAGGUUCUGGAGGUGUUUAACCUGAAGGAAUACAAGACAUCAGAGGAGGGUCGUAGGAGACUGGUCCCAGCUGUGAGAGGCUGCAGGAAAGCUCUACUCACUGACUGUAAACUCACAGACACAUCCUGUAAAGUGUUGGCCUCAGUUCUCAGUUCAAACUCCUCACACCUGAGAGAGCUGGAUCUGAGUAACAAUGACCUGAAGGAUUCAGGAGUGGAGCUGCUCUCUGCUGGACUGGGGAAUCCCCACUGUAAACUGGAGACUCUGAGGCUGUCAGGCUGUCUAGUCACAGAGGAAGGCUGUGCUUCUCUGGUCUCAGCUCUGAGGUCAAACCCCUCACACCUGAGAGAGCUGGACCUGAGCUACAAUCACCCAGGAGACUCAGGAGUCAGACUGCUCUCUGCUGGACUGGAGGAUCCACACUGCAGACUGGAGAAACUCAAGCUGUCAGGCUGUGGAGUCACAGAGGAAGGCUGUGCUUCUCUGGUCUCAGCUCUGGAGUCAAACCCCUCACACCUGAGAGAGCUGGACCUGAGCUACAAUGACCUGAAGGAUUCAGGAGUGAAGCUGCUCUCUGCUGGACUGGGGAAUCCCCACUGUAAACUGGAGACUCUGAGGCUGUCAGGCUGUCUAGUCACAGAGGAAGGCUGUGCUUCUCUGGUCUCAGCUCUGAGGUCAAACCCCUCACACCUGAGAGAGCUGGACCUGAGCUACAAUCACCCAGGAGACUCAGGAGUCAGACUGCUCUCUGCUGGACUGGAGGAUCCACACUGCAGACUGGAGAAACUCAAGCUGUCAGGCUGUGGAGUCACAGAGGAAGGCUGUGCUUCUCUGGUCUCAGCUCUGGAGUCAAACCCCUCACACCUGAGAGAGCUGGACCUGAGCUACAAUCACCUGAAGGAUUCAGGAGUGAAGCUGCUCUCUGCUGGACUGGGGAAUCCCCACUGUAAACUGGAGACUCUGAGGCUGUCAGGCUGUGGAGUCACAGAGAAAGGCUGUGCUUCUCUGGUCUCAGCUCUGAGGUCAAACCCCUCACACCUGAGAGAGCUGGAUCUGAGUAACAAUGACCUGAAGGAUUCAGGAGUGAAGCUGCUCUCUGCUGGACUGGGGAAUCCCCACUGUAAACUGGAGACUCUGAGGCUGUCAGGCUGUGGAGUCACAGAGGAAGGCUGUGCUUCUCUGGUCUCAGCUCUGAGGUCAAACCCCUCACACCUGAGAGAGCUGGACCUGAGCUACAAUCACCCAGGAGACUCAGGAGUCAGACUGCUCUCUGCUGGACUGGAGGAUCCACACUGCAGACUGGAGAAACUCAAGCUGUCAGGCUGUGGAGUCACAGAGGAAGGCUGUGCUUCUCUGGUCUCAGCUCUGAGGUCAAACCCCUCACACCUGAGAGAGCUGGAUCUGAGUAACAAUAACCUGAAGGAUUCAGGAGUGAAGCUGCUCUCUGCUGGACUGGGGAAUCCCCACUGUAAACUGGAGACUCUGAGGCUGUCAGGCUGUCUAGUCACAGAGGAAGGCUGUGCUUCUCUGGUCUCAGCUCUGAGGUCAAACCCCUCACACCUGAGAGAGCUGGACCUGAGCUACAAUCACCCAGGAGACUCAGGAGUCAGACUGCUCUCUGUUGGACUGGAGGAUCCACACUGCAGACUGGAGAAACUCAAUGUGGAACAUGGUGGAGAGAACAGAAUGAAACCUGGGCCUAGAAAAUAUGUCUGUGAUCUCACACUGGACCCAAACACAGUAAACAGAUUCCUCUCUCUGUCUGAGGAGAACAGAAAGGUGACAUGUAGGAGAGAGAAGCAGCCGUAUCCUGAUCACCCAGAGAGAUUUGAGGGCUGUAAACAGGUGCUGUGUAGAGAGGGUCUGACUGGGCGCUGUUACUGGGAGGUAGAGUGGAGUGGGAGGGGGGCUGGUAUAGGAGUGACAUAUAAAGGAAUCAGCAGGAGAGGAGAGGUUAAUGACUGUUGGCUUGGAUCCAAUGACAAGUCCUGGAGUCUGUCCUGCUCCUACAACAGUUACAGAGCCUGGCACAAUAAUAAUUCCACUACCAUAGACGUCCCCCCCUCCAGCUCCUACAGAGUAGGAGUGUAUCUGGACUGGCCAGCCGGCACUCUGUCCUUCUAUAGAGCCUCCUCUGACACACUGACCCACCUGUCCACAUUCACCUCCACAUUCACUGAGCCCCUCUAUCCAGCGUUUAGGGUUUAUGAUGUUAACUCCUCAGUGUCCCUGAAAUAAUAACCUGAUACACACACACACACACACACACACACUGGACACACACACACACACACACACUGGACACACACACACACUGGACAGACACACACACACUGGACACACACACACACUGGACAGACACACACACACUGGACACACACACACACUGGACACACACACACACUGGACAGACACAC